CCAAGGCAUUUUUUUCUAGGAUUUUUCUCUUUUAAAUAAUGACAAUACGUACAAAGAGUGUCUAAUUAGUAUUCAUCUGAGCGUAUGCAGUCCUCGACGCGGUGGGGACGGGUUAUUAGCCGGUGCCGCCUCCGCGCCCGGCCAUAUUGUUCCGACGCCUGGCUCGAGCGCCGCCGCCGGCCGCCGCGCCAAACGCUCCUCCGACUAACGCUAAUUCGCUCUGUCAAUAUUUGAACUGUAGUGCCGCUCCGACGAUUUCACCAGAAGAAGCCGAGCCGGUGGCUGGGAAGGCAAGAUGUCGGCAUAGCUGAUUGACGUUGAUAUACGGCUGUGUCACAUCGAGCCAGCUCAAUCCACCGGCGUUCUACUCUCGAAGAUCCUGGUUGCACCCUAGCGAAGAAGGAAUUCGGAUCGCUCCCGAGUCGCGUUCCGCGCCCGCCCGGAGAGGGCGCUUUCGCUUUGACAGCUGUCAUCGAGCUUUCUCGUGCGGGCGGCCGUGGGACGAGUCGAGUAAAAUUUUUAUUUAUAUCACACACGACGAUGUUCCCGUAGAGUGCGACCGGCUGUGUACGUGCGACGAAACGAUACGAAAACACGACGACAGAAUGGCGAACGAGGUCAACGAGGAGGCUUUGGGGCCGCGGAAGACGAUGUUCGUUCUAGUGAUUGUUGUGGGGUGUUUCGCGGUGCUGUGGCCUAGGAUCCUGUCGCCGCUGAUGCUGGGCCAGGGGCCGGUGAAGCCAAACCAGCUCGACCGGGACGCAGGAUGCUGCGAAGUCAUCUUCGAAUCAGAAAUGGCCGUCCUCGAGUUAGUAAACGAAGUAUGCAGCUCUGCCGUUGGAAAAGACGGCUUAUUGUCUCCAUACGCUGCGGCUGAAUGCCGAAAGACUGUCAACGAGACUUGCGGGCUGGACAUAGCUGCAUUCUUGAAAAGAACUGAUAAUGUUGGGAAGUCAACCAAAGUGCUACUGAAUACAAUGAAAGAUAGUAACAGCUCGUGCUUGAAGGAGCAUUUCGGAGUGCCUGUUUGGAGUCUCGGUGCACACACUGCGCUCAACUUUUGGGCAAUACAGGAUGACACCGUGAAGCAGGAGCGUUCACCAAUCCUCGGCGCCGGGCCGCACCCGGCGCUGCGCGAGCGCGGCCGCGCCAUCCCCCCCGGUGCGCCCACGCCCCCCUCGCGCGGGCCUGUGCCCAUGCCCCCGCACGCAAGGGUAAUACGGUCGCCUUUGUCUGUGUACUUUGACGUGGAUAUCAAGCCUCCACCGAUUCCGGGCAUGCGGCCGCCGCUGGGCUCCCCUGGCGGACCGGUACCGGCCCCCAAGUCUUCCAUGGGCUUCGUGAUGCCAAUCUACACCAUCUGCAUCAUCGUGUUCUUCGUCUACACGCUGAGCAAGAUCCUGUUCAAGAGGACUGGCUCCAUCCCCUAUGAGCACGUGGCUCCCGACCCUCAGUUCCGCCGCAGAGUCUUCAGGGAUGACUCCAGGGCUUCACCUGAUUCUAAACUGGGACCUAAAGAAAGGGACGCAAGGGACGUGGAAUUGGAAGCGCUGAGGGCGCGACUCGAGGAGACCGAGCGAGCCAUGCAAAGGAUCGUCGGCCAGCUCGCCAAGCGAGACGCGGAACCUCAAGAAAACCACACACGUCCAUACACAAAUGGUUCCGUUCACAGCUCGCCUAUUAUCAUAGCUAAGGAGAAGACUCCAGAACCAGAAGUUGAACCGAAAGAACCGAGUCCAGAAAAAGAAGCAUCUCUUGAACCGGCAGAACCGAGUCCAGAGAAAGAGGCAACCCGUGAUCCGAGCCUAGAAAAAGAGGCUUCCCCUGAACCGGCAGAACCGAGUCCGGAAAAAGAGGCUUCCCUUGAACCGGCAGAACUGAGCCCAGAGAAAGAACCUUCCCCUGAAUUGGCUGAACCAACCCUAGAAAAAGAGGCUACGCCUGAACCUGAACCUAAAGAACCAAGCCCUAAAGAACUGACACCAGAACCAGAAGAAUCAGAGGAAGAAUCACUAGAAAAAGAACCAGAACGUGGCCAUCUCGAAGAAGAUUUGCUGAAACUGUCAGAAGACAUUAAAGAAAAGAAGGAUAACUUGGCCAAGUCCACGAAAGACUUUUUGAACGAAGCUAGGGAAAAUGCGGAGAAGACUGUAGAAUUGCUGAAGGAGGCUUUGAAAGAAGAUUCUCCGGUGGAAGACGAAGACGAAGAGGAAGAGGAAGUUGAUCCUGAUAAGGAAGUCAGCGUUAAGGUGGUGGGGAUGGAGCUGACUGCGCACACGACGGGUCGCGCCCCCGCCCCCGCCCCCGUCCCCGCGCCCGCGUCCACGCCCGCUCGAUCGCACGAGGCCGACGAGGUGAAGUCCAUAUUCCUGGAGACCCAUAUCCCGCAGCAGUCGAGGGUGCUGGUGGCCGAUUUCGAGGACAGAGCCAAGCCGCACAAGAAACAUGAACCGACGGUGGUUAGCGGCAAGAUGACGCUGUCUCUGAUCCAAGACGCGCCUCAGGAGCAGGACUUGGCCGAAAUCGACCCAGAAUCGACGAUGGAUGACUUCAGCACAGCUAGUGCCAUGACGCAGCCGGUUGCAGAGAAAGAGGGGGAAUCGUCAGGCGAGGAGAUCGAAGAGGAAAUAGAAAUAGAAGAGAUCGAGGAGGAAGAAGAUGAACCGAAUGAGGAGCCGAAAGAGCAGAAAUGAACUGAUUUACUCUAGUCGUGGGAACGAUCUGAUUUGAACCUUAUUAGACAUUACACACGGUUGUUAUUUGCUUACUAUAAUUUGUUAACAUUUCUAGU